AAAUUAUUCCACUCUUGCAAGUCGCGAAAAAUGAGUGUUUGCUCGAUCAGCCCUGAAAAAUACGCUCCCAAAAAUGAAAAAAAGCCCAAAUUUCGGAAAAACCUCCGGGAUUAUUUCACAGAAUACACCGAAAACACCGGAAUACACGGGAUGAAAUACUUGGGGGAGCAAAACAGGACAAUCGCUGAAAAAAUUUUCUGGCUCAUUUCGCUCUCAGUGGCGCUCUACUUUUGCAUCUCUUUAAUAAUCCGCACGUACCACAAAUGGGAAACAUCGCCGGUGAUUGUGAGUUUUGCGACAAAGGAGACGCCAAUUUGGCAAAUCCCGUUUCCGGCAGUCACCAUUUGCCCGGAAACGAAAGCUCGGCCCCAACUUUUCAACUUCACGGAUUUCGUGCUCCGGAAAAGCGACAACAAGCUCAACCCGGAACAAGAGAAAAAAUUGUCGUACAUUUCGUCUCUGUGUAUUUAUCGACGCGAUUUAAUUUUUGACGUCCCCGAAUUUGUGGAUUCGGCCGAAUUGUUCGAUUUUUUCGAAAGUGUUUCACCCAGAUUUUUGGAAAACAUCUCCGAUUGUUACUACAUGGGACACCCUUGCAACUGUUCGGAGAUUUUUGCUCCAGUGAUCACAGACGAAGGGCUUUGCUACUCUUUUAAUCUACUGAAUCGUGACGAUAUUUUAUCAGAUAAUGUUGUUCACUACAAGAAUUACCAUUUGAUUGAACGAAAUAAAACCGAAUGGUCCCUAGAAAAAGGUUACGACAAAUCAGCCGAUAAAAACACCUACCCCAAGCGGGCCCUCCAUGCUGGGGCUCUAUUCGACUUUGAAUUGAAGCUAAAAACGUUUGAUAAUGAGCUGGAUUUCACUUGCGGGACGUCAAUUCAGGGAUACAAGAUUCAAAUCCACCACCCGGCGAUGCUCCCCCGCGUCAAACAACAACACUUCCGGAUCCCUUUAGACCAAGCCCUUAUUGCUGCAAUAAUGCCGACCAUGAUAACGACCUCCGACGCCAUCAAGGCCUACCUGCCUGACCGCCGCCAGUGUUUUUUUCCCUCAGAACGGAGCUUGAAAUAUUUCAAAAUUUACACGCAACAGAACUGCCAAAUCGAAUGCAAAACCAACUACACGCUCAAAAUGUGCGGCUGCGUCGAUUUUUACAUGCCAAGGGAGAAUGAGACCAAGGUUUGCGGCGCCCCUUUAAAGGCCUGCAUGGUGGAAGCCGAAGAUGUGCUCCUUUCGGAGGGAAUUAAUGAGAACAUCCGCCACCACAAAGGCCUCCCUCUCGAAAACGACGAGUUCCACCAAAUUUUACAAAAGUGCAACUGCAUGCCUGAGUGCACUUCUAUGACUUACAUUGUUGAAAACUCGCAGUCGGACUGGAAUUGGGUCCGGAAGUACCGAUUCAAGGACACAAAAAUUGACAAAACUACGACGCAUAUGUCGUACCUCCAGGUCUUUUUCAAAGGUAACCAGUUUAUAACAUCGGAAAGGAACGAAUUGUACGGACCUACGGAUUUUUUGGCGAAUUUCGGCGGCCUUUUGGGCUUGUUUACCGGAUUUACGAUGUUGUCGUUGAUUGAAAUUUUCUAUUAUUUGACUUUGAGGAUUGUGAGUAAUGUUAGGUUGUUUGGGGCCCGGUUUUGGGCCGGGAAACGUGUUGAUAGACAACUGCCCCUCGCCCCUUAUUCCACGAUGAGCGCGAGCCCGAAGCCCAGCCCCAACAGGGGGCCCCUCGACAACGUCGUGUUCGUCAAGUCGCCCAAAAAGAAAAAGUACCCCGGCUUCCGCAAAAACAUCUACGACUACUUCACCGAGUUUUCGAGCAACACGGGCAUCCAUGGCUUCAAGUACAUGGGCGAGCAGGAGCGCUCCAUCCUGGAGAAGCUGUAUUGGGUGGUUUUGUUCGCGAUUUCGCUCUACAUUUGCGUGAGUUUGAUCAUACAGACGUGGGUCAAGUGGGACCAGUCGCCCGUCUUGGUGAGCUUCGCCCAAAGUCCCACCCCCGUGUGGCAGGUGCCCUUUCCCGCCAUCACCAUAUGCUCGGAGACGAAGGCCAGGCAAAGGGCCUACAACUUCACUUACUACUACCAUAAGGUUAUCGAGCAGUUGACUACUGGGGACGGUAAUCUGACGCAGGAGGAGUUGCAAAGGUUCUCGGAUAGUUCGCUCAUUUGCGACAACCAUCUCUACCAACAAGGGAAUAAAACCACGAGUUUUGAAACCAUCGAAUAUUUGAUGAGUAUUGCGCCUCCGUUUUCGGAAGUUUUCUUCGCCUGCAAGUGGACGAGUUUGAAUGAGACUUGCAGUAAUUUUUUCUCGCCUAUGUUGACCGAAGACGGGAUGUGCUUCACUUUUAAUAUGCUGGACAGGAGCGAGUUGUUCACAAAUGCUGUCUACCUCCAUGGCGACUACAUGGGCCACGAGAAGCGCUCCGAAGGCUGGACCCUAGAAAACGGCUAUCCGAAAACCACCGGCAAGGACACUUUUCCACGCCGUGCCAUGUCCGCCGGUUCGAAAGCCGGCCUUUUCCUCCUCCUCCGAGCCUACGAGCAGGACCUGGACUACGUGUGCCGCGGACCCGUCCAGGGCUUCAAAGUGCUCCUCCACCACCCGGCAGAAGUCCCCCGGGUGGGCACCCAGUACUUCCGAGCGCCUCUCAACCAGGAAAUCGUCGUGGCCGUCAAACCCGACAUGAUGACAACUUCCCAAGGACUGCGAAACUACGACCCGCACCGGAGACAGUGCUUUUUUGCAGAGGAACGCCAGUUGCAAUUUUUCCAAAAUUACACGCAACAGAAUUGCCAGGUUGAAUGUGUGGCGAAUUUUACUUUGGCGAGGUGUGGAUGCGUCGCCUUCCAUAUGCCACAUGCGGAGUCGACGAAAAUUUGCGGCUCAGGCAGUAAUGUGUGUAUUUUUGAGGCCGAACAGGAAUUGUUGGCACGGGAGGUUGAGUCUGGACUUUCCCGGUACGAUGAUAACGCUGAUGAUGAUUUACCAACAAACUGUGAUUGUCUCCCGGCUUGCACUUCCAUCACUUACAACGCCGAGACGUCACAAGCUGACUUCAACUGGCCCAAAGUUUUCGAAGCUUUCAAGGCGAAUUUCAGCGAAUUUCCGGGGGUACAAAUGACACGGUUAACAAUUUUUUUCAAAGACAUGCAGUUUAUAACGUCUGAAAGAAACGAGCUUUAUGGACAAACCGAUUUUCUGGCCAACUGUGGCGGACUUUUGGGAUUGUUUACCGGAUUUUCUUUCCUAUCGAUCGUCGAAAUUGUCUAUUUCUUGUCAUUGAGAUUGAUUUGUAACGUCAAGAAGUACGGGAUACACUUUUGGUCAGGGUCGAAGGACUUGUUGAAUGAUGACGCCUAUCUUCACAAAGAACAAAAAGAUUUGAGUUAAAAGGCUAAUUGGUUAAGCAAAAUCACUUAAUAUUUACUAAAGCACUAUAAUUAGCUCGAAACAAAUGUGAACUUAAUUAAUAGGUGUGUGAUUUUCACGUUUUUGCUCCUCUAAUAAUGAAAUAAAUUCGAUUAAAAUUA